GGUGCAUAUUAGUGUGCAGUGUUGAGCGCCGUUGCUUCUUUCACCAGUGUUUCGGGUGUAGGAGAUAUCGGAGUUGCAAAAAAAAGUUUUGCAAGUGAAUAUUACUGAAACAAUUCUACAAGCGUCGGUUAUCACCACCUCUGCUGGACUCAUGAGACCAGAGGCGGGAACGAGAUCAACCCUGCUGUUGUGUGCCAUCGUCAUCUGUGCUUUCUUGAUUUGCGUACAAACCGAUCCAGGUGUAGAGCCUUGGGAAAACUGUGAAGAUGACUCUGGUGAAGAAAGCGGCUCGUGUACAUCCUUCCUCUGCAAGAAAAAAAAAAGCUCGGGCUCAAAAUACGAAUGCAGUGGCGAUAUUUCAUGCCGAUCAUGCCGAUUGGAUGGCAGUGAAGACUUCUUCAAGUGUGAGAAACUACCCUCUUGGUGUUCUAUGAAAUCACCAGAAAGAAACAAGAAUGAUGAAAAUAAUGAGGACGAGCAAUCAGACCCAGGUUCUUCUCAGUUGUCUACGACUCCCUCGACACCACCGACGCGUCGUUGCGAUUGUGAAGCUCUCAACACUGCUACCGCAGUCCUCGGUACCGUCUUGUCCCUUGUUCUGCUCGUGACUAUCGUCCUGGUGUUUCUCUGGCAAAUACGUUUACGGAAUUCUCGAGAGUUGCCAACUGUUGAAGAUGAGGGGGUUGCACUGGGUCCUAGAACCACAAUGACACCGUUAGCUGAACCACCGUCAGCGCCUAGAUCCAGACUAGAAUACUCGUACGCCUACGAUCACCACUACUAUUCCGAGAUAGGCAAUGCAGAGAGUGGAGAGAGCAACAGCCGCAACAGAGAAGAUGGGCCAGGCAAUUACAAGUCACCUCGCAGAAAGGCGGCUACUGCGGCUUGUAACGAACACGACAGCACUGCUUCUAAGAAAAAUGGUGAGAGCGGGACAGGCACGAAAGAUACACGCGUUGUUGUCGGGGUUGAUAGGCUGGCGACUGGCUCGUCUCCCUCGUACCCAAAACGUGGAGGCCACUUGUAUUUCCAGGUAAUGCCUACUCGGGAGUCGCCGCCGCAAAUCGAUCAGUCGUAUGACAAGGUUGCAAGGCGAAAACGCACCGACGGUCGAGACCGAGACACUGUCGACCCUUUCCUGUACGAUCAUCUCCAGUUUAGUAAGUCGCAGAGGAGCAGGCGCCUAACGCUGUAAUAACAGUAGUUUAUAGCGGCAUUGUCAGUGCCACUAAACAGCCUUCAACAAAACGGAUGUAGCGUUCCCUCGGUUUUGUCUCACAGUAUAUAGGCCUAUACUGAGAGGAAAAGUUUGGCUGAUGUGGAAUCCAGUCGCAAACUAGAACAAUCCGCUUUUGAUCUUUUUUCCGAUAUGUUGAGAUAUCGAGAAUUUUUCAGGAACUGGGAAAACUAUCAGUUCAUGUAUUUCACAUAAAACCCAAAACUCCGCACAGUAUCUGAAGUUAUGGAAUUUCACUCUUUUUUUUAAUGUAAUAGAAAAAGAUGGUCAGGCGGCCAAGACAGGCAGUACCUGCUAUCUUGAUUGUCCGACCAAUUAUCCUAAUGACCAAUGAAAUCCUUUCAUCAAAUACACCUGUAAUUCUGAUAUGAAUGAGAGAGUUUGGGUGUCUAAUCCCAGACUUAAACAAAAAAGGGAGCUUUUAACUUUUAAGACAACAUGAUAUCAUGAUAUCUUAUUAUAAAAACAGUAGGCCGUCCUGUAUGUAGCUUAAUUUGAACUAAACAUGGGCUUUCUGACGGUAUAGUAAAACGUGGAUUCCAGAUAUUCGUUGGUUGUUUUAGCAUCCGACAUGGCAAAACCAUUUUGGAGAAAAGCUGGAUGAUAUUUGAAGAUUUUUUAAAAAACAUUUUUAAAGGACUUUUGGAAUUAGUAAAAUGUUUACCUUAUAUUAAAAUUCCGAUGGAAACACGAUAAUAUUUUCUCUUCGUCAAUCAAGACAUUUAAAGGGUAUUGUAUAAAUUAAUUGCAAAAAAGUUGAAACAGUUGCACUUAAAUUCCCACGUAUUGUCAUAACGAAAGAGAAAGUGAUCUUUUUCAAGCGAUUUGUACUUUCUGAGGAGGAAUACGGGCGAUUCACAACAGUGCGCCUCCAAGAGUUUGCAACGCGCAAUUUGUCGACCCUUUCCAAACGCCCAU